AUGCAAAUUGAAGAAAAACAUUUUGCAACUAAAAACCCAAUUAUUUCAUAACAAGAUAUAAAAAUCAAGCUUAAAAAAGUAAUAGCAUUGUAAUUAAAUGAAUAAUUAAUUAUUGGUUAUUCAAUUUAAAAAAGUGAUUCUAAAUUGCAUUUUAAUUAAUUUCUUAAAUUUUUGGAAGUUAAAUAAAAUUAUUAACAGGUCUGA